AUGGUACUGACGAGGCAGACAUCAUUUUACGACGCCUGGAAAUUGCCGCACCCGAUCGGAUACCCCGGACACGUCGUCUCCCGGAACGAGCUGCAGAAGCAUAUUGUGAAGAACGUCUAUUCCAUGGGAAGCAUCCUGGAUCUCGAGCCCAUUAUCAACGUCCAUAUACAAGAUCUGACCUCGCGCAUCGGCAAUUACACCCUCUAUCAGACCGAGCCGGACCUCUGGUGCUCCUUGAAGAUGCACGUAUUUGCUGUUCUUGGCGAGAUGCUCUAUGGAUACCGCUUCAACGCUGUCCCUCAACUUGGAGGACUAGAGACGUAUUUGAGUGCAAUUGAGGGUUUGCUACCACUCGCGGCCAAUGGAACCCUGCUGGCUUCGCCCAGGAACCCCGUGGGGAUAUUCUUCGAAUAUUGCCAAUCGUCCUCGAAGUUCCGUCACCUUACUAUCUCGGCCACACAAGGUUUUGGCAUUGACCUGCGCCGCAUGAUUCCCAAGCGCUGCCAAGACCUGCUUUUGGGUGUUGACAUGACUCCGGAUAUCAUCGCCAAGUUCUGUGGAAUCAGCGCUAUCGUGGGGGGUGGUUCUGGCUGUACGCCCGGUUACGUUCAUAAAGAGCUGCUAGCCGCAUUAUUCGGUGGAACCGAUCCAACAACAUUAACCCUAACCAGCACUCUCUACCAUCUGAUGCGCAACCCGGACACCUACAAGAGACUGACCGACGAAGUCGACGCCGCAUACGCCGGUCGCAGCCUUCAGACCCCUAUUUCAUACAACGCAGCCUGCACCCUCCCGUACCUCAAGGCGUGCAUCCAAGAAGCGAUGCGUCUCCACCCAGCCGUCGGAUACCAUCUCCCGCGAGUCGUUCCCCCGGGCGGAGCAACGAUUGCCGGCGUCUACAUCCCCGAAGGCUACCAUAUCGGUAUCAAUCCCGCGGUUGUACAGUACGACAAGGACGUUUUCGGCGCAGAUGCGGACAUGUUCAACCCUGACAGAUGGUUGAACGGCAACGGCAACUUGGAACGUAUGGAGAAGGUCAUGCUUGCCUUUGGCGCCGGUGACACUGCAUGCAUUGGGAAGAGUGUCGCAACGUGCCUGGUCUACAAGCUGAUCCCUCAUCUCCUGCGUAACUUUGAGAUUCGUCUCGCGGGGGACAAGGAGCCGGUCAAGAAGACUUUCUGGUUCACCUUGUUGCGCGAUGUUGACGUCGUCUUCAAGAAGAGGGAUGCCAAGCCAAAGGCCUGUCGUGAGUAG